UCGGUAUCCGUCACCGAUAUUGUGGAAUGCAGUUGUGCUGCGGGGAGACGGAGUUGGCAAACCAGAAAAUCGGCGCGCGCCCUACCACAUUUUACGCCAUCCUUGCAGAAUUCUGUUACUUCCUUUUGAGCAGGUGCACUUAAUCAACAUGACCGCAGGAUUGGAGAAGGCAUGCCACCGCUGCCUGUCCAAAGCAGCCAGUAAUGCAUACCUUGUGGUGGGACUAUUGGCUUUCUUGGCAUUGCCCCUCACAAUGGCACUUGUUGGAGCAAAGAAUAUUGAUGAGUGCCCAGUUCAGCCAAUGAUCCCUCUGUACUUGUUAGUGGGGGGAGUGGUUGGCAGCAUGAAGGUCUCCCUCCUUCUCUACGACAUCAUGCACAUUCGCUCCCUCAUCUCUAAAUCCGUCGUCAUUGGCGACGAUGAUGCCGACGAGUAUCCGUGGCGACAGAAUGCUCACCGUUACUACGUCCACGUGAUCCUGAGCAUCUUCCUGUUUGUGUGGUUCCUCUUGGCCAACUACUGGGUGUUCUCGGUCUACACGCCGAACUUCAUCGCGCCCUUCCACCAGCCCCAGGAGUACUGCAGGAAGUCUCUGUAUGUGUUUGCGGUGUUCGUGCUGGGCCUCAGCCAUGCAGUACUCGUGCUGCUCCUCUGCUGUGGGGUGUGGAUGCGUGUGUGCCACAGAACCAGCACUCGCAAUGACUAUGGGGAUGAUGAUGAUGAUGAUGAUGAUGAUUGAGGAGUCUUCUGUUAUUGAUAAUACUCGCCCAGAGACAACCAUCAUGGUUGAAGUCCUAAGAGGAUGCCCUUACAGACAUCAGAUGAACUUACUGUUACCUGGAGAUGUCUAUUGUGUUAUUUGUGGCUGUUGUGUAGUGCAUGAUGUCAUGUGACACAG